AUGUCGCCUGAGUAUGCGAUGGAGGGCAUCUUUUCUGUCAAGUCCGACACCUACAGCUUCGGUAUUUUGCUACUAGAGAUUGUAAGUGGAUUAAAGAUCAGCUCACCUCAUCAUCUUGUGUUGGACUUUUCAAACCUCGUAUCAUUUGCAUGGAACUUGUGGGCAGAUGGAAGAGCGAGGGAUUUCAUGGACACAGCCGUCACGGAGAGCUAUUCGCUUGAUGAAGUGUCCAGGUGCAUCCAUGUUGGGCUCUUGUGUGUCCAGGACAGUUCCAGUGCUAGGCCACACAUGUCAUCGGUCGUUUCCAUGCUCGACAGUGAAGCCAUUCCUCGUGCACCGCCAGAGCAACCUGGGUAUUUUGCACGGACAAACUACGAAACCAGUGAAGUGAUGGAAGACACAGAGAACUCUGCCAAUGGCGUGAGCCUUACGGCGCUAGAAGGACGAUGA